CUCCCGAAACCCCCUCCGCCUAGAAUGAAGAAGCAUUUUUUGCGGCAAAAAGCAAACCUCCCACGCAGCUAUUCAACGCCUCGUCAUUUUCUACUCGCCGCUUUUCUGGCCUAGUUCCGAAAUCCAGCGGUCCAAAUUAGCCUGGGUCCCCGCGCAGGGCCCGCGGCCCCAGGCCCGCGUUUUAUCGGGGCCUCCCAGGCCCAGCCUGCCCAUAAUACCCUUGCUCUCAGACAUGGAUCCUCGGGUUCGCCAGCUCUUCAAGCAGCUCGUGUACAUGGCCAAAGAGUACCCUGCCGAGUCUGGGGGCUAUUCCAGGCUCGUGGGGCAGGCCAAACGGGCGUUUCGGGGCACUGAAAUCGGCCAUGCCGACGAUAUGCACCGUGCCCUCAGCAAAGGCGAGUACAUCGUCAAAGGUACGUACGAAGAACCCACCCCCGGCGGCGCAGAUCGCAACCCGGGCCCAUAAAAUGUACUAACCGCAGAGUUGGAGGCCCUCUAUUUCCUCAAAAGAUAUCGUCAUCUCAAACGUGCGUACUACAAGUAGGCCCUCUGAAUGGGCA